GACCCGCCCCUACCCUCAGGCCCUGGAGGGCAGGUAAAUCUCGCGGACGCCAGUAGGAGCCGGGUUGGUGUAUCUCUCUCCGCGGAGGAUGAGGCUUGCCAUCUGCACCCUGCUGUGCGCGGGGGCCCUGGGGCUGUGUCUGGCUGUCCCCAGGGAAACUGUGAAAUGGUGCACCAUCUCCACUCAUGAGGCCACUAAGUGCUCCGAAUUCCGUGACAGUAUGCAGAAACUCCAACCUGAAACUGGUCCUCUUGUCAGCUGUGUGAAGAAAACCUCCCACACUGACUGCAUCAAGGCCAUCGUAGCAAAUGAAGCAGAUGCUAUGACACUGGAUGCAGGCUGGGUGUAUGAGGCAGGCCUGGCUCCCUACAAUCUCAAACCUGUAGUGGCAGAGUUCUAUGGCUCAGAAGCAGAUCCACAAACCAGCUAUUAUGCUGUGGCCAUGGUGAAGAAGGGCAGCGGCUUCCAGCUGAACCAGCUCAAAGGCAAAAAGUCUUGCCAUACAGGCCUUGGCAGGUCUGCUGGGUGGAUUGUCCCCAUAGGCUUACUCUAUUUGGAACUGCCUGAGCCACAUGAUCCUCUUGAGAAAGCAGUGGGCAAUUUCUUCGCGGGCAGCUGUGUCCCCUGUGCAGAUCGGACAGCCUUCCCCAAACUGUGUCAACUGUGUGCAGGAAAAGGGAGCAACAAGUGUGCCUGCUCUACCCAUGAACCAUACUUUGGCUACUCGGGUGCCCUCAAGUGUCUGCUCGAAGGUGCGGGGGAUGUGAGCUUCGUGAGACACAUGACCAUGUCAGAAACCUUUGCAAACCAGGCUGAGAGGGACCAGUAUGAGCUGCUCUGCAGAGACAACACCCGGAAGCCAGUGAACAAAUAUAAAGAGUGUCACCUGGGCAAAGUCCCUUCCCAUGCCGUUGUGGCCCGAAGUGUGGAUGGCAAGGAGGACUCAAUCUGGGAGCUUCUCAACAAGGCCCAGGAACAUUUUGGAAAAGGCAAGUCAGCAACAUUCCAGCUCUUUAGUUCUCCUCAUGGGGAGGACCUGCUGUUCACAGACGCCGCCCAUGGGUUUUUAAGAGUCCCACCUAAGAUGGAUGUCAAGCUGUACCUGGGAUACGAGUAUUUUGCUGCCAUUCAGGCUCUACUAGGGGAUGGUGUGAGAGACUCCCAGAGGGUGCAGUGGUGCGCAGUGGGCCACCAUGAAAUGGCCAAGUGUGACGAGUGGAGCAUCACAAGUGGUGGCAUCUUAACGUGCACCGCAAGGGAGACCACUGAGGACUGCAUUGCUGCCAUCGUGAAAGGAGAAGCUGAUGCCAUGAGCUUAGAUGGAGGAUUGAUGUACACGGCGGGCAAGUGUGGUCUAGUGCCUGUCCUGGCGGAGAACUACAUGCCUAAAGAUGGCAACGAGCAGCUUGGGCUUAAGUGUGUGAAUACACUCACGGAAGGUUACUAUGCUGUGGCAGUGGUUAAGAAAUCCGAUGCCCACCUUACCUGGAACUCUCUGCGAGGCAAGAAGUCCUGCCACACAGCAGUUGGCACUUCUGCAGGCUGGAACAUUCCCAUGGGCUUAAUAUACAACCAUACUGGGUCCUGUAAAUUUGAUGAAUUUUUCAGUCAAAGCUGCGCCCCUGGGUCUGAUCCAGAUUCCAGUCUCUGUGCUUUGUGCGGCGGCGGCAGCAGUCCAGCCCACGUGUGUGCUCCCAACAGCCACGAGAAGUACUACGGCUCCAGCGGAGCACUCAGGUGUCUGAUUGAGAAGGGAGACGUGGCCUUUGUGGAGCACCCCACAGUCCUGCAGAACAUAGACGGAAAAAAUCAUGAAGACUGGGCUAAGGAUCUAAAGCAGAAAGACUUUGAGCUGCUGUGCCUCGAUGACACCAGAAAGCCUGUGACUGAGGCUCAGAACUGCCACCUGGCCGUAGUCCCAAAUCAUGCUGUGGUCUCAAGGAAAGAUAAUGCAGAUUUUGUUCGCAGAAUGCUCUUCAACCAACAGGAGCUCUUUGGAAGAAAUGGGUUUCAGUAUAUGAUGUUCCAGUUGUUCGAAUCCUCAACCAAGGACCUGCUCUUCAGGGAUGACACGGAAUGUUUGGCCAACCUUCAGGACAAAACAACUUAUCAAAAAUACUUAGGGCCAGAGUAUCUUAGAGCUAUUGCUAACGUGAGACAAUGCGUACCCUCUGAACUUCUCGAUACCUGCACAUUCCACAGAAGUUAAAAAUGGAUCAAAGUGGACAACUGCAGAGAUGCUCAGAGCCUGCAAAUAUGAUGGGGCCACAUUCUCACUUGUUUGCAUGUGGGCCUGUGUCCAUAUCAAUUAUCUUUGUAAUUAUGUGCUAUAACUGAUGCAAAAAUUGAAAUGAAUAAAAAUAGUUUACUCAGAAAACUUUCUUAAAUGUUCUCACAUGGGGAGAGAAUACUAUUUGUUUGUACUAGAAUUAUACUUCUGAGUUUAAUAUCUAUUAAAUUGUACCUUCUCUUAAAGCU